AAGUAAAAGAUAGUGAAUAGUUUUAAACGUAUGUGAUAUAUAGAUAAGAGUGAAUUUGUGUUCUUAAACGAAAUCAAAUAAUUUUUCUUUUUUUUUCCUAAUUCACACUUCUAAUAUCGAAAACAUUAACAGCGCAUUAUUUAGAUUAUGCAGGAAUUUCCUCACAUAUUGUCGGAAUGCGAAGAAAUAAAUCAAGUAUUACACAAGCCCAUAAACUCGACACAAAGAAUUAAGUAUACAUGCCUUAAUGUUUCACAAAAUUAUAUUAUACUUGGAUCAACCAGUGGAAGUAUCUAUCUUUUUAACAGAGAACCAUGUACUUUUCGACAAUUAAUACCUUUAUCGGAAGGCAUAGUGUCACAUGUUUUGAUAUCACCUGAUGAAAAAAUCAUAGCAUUAGCUACAACUCGUGGAAUUGUUUGUGUUGUUACUUUAAAACCAACUAUAAAAUUAAUUGCUACAUCGAAUGAACAUGCUUAUGAAAAGAUUAUGUGCCUCUGUUGGAAUGAUAAUAGUUCUGAAAUAUACAUUGGUGAUGGUACUGGCAAAGUUUCUGCUAUUGUAUUAUCUGUUUUCACAAUAAAUGGAAUGUUUCAGUCACCAUCUUGUACAUUAAUGAAUCUAGAUUCCAGUAUUGUACAAUUAAAUUUUUCUUCCCCUCUUUUAUUGAUAUCAACUUUGACACGCUGUUAUAUAUGUGAUACAGUUCAUGAACAAUAUAAACAAAUAGGUAACAAAGCAAGAAAUGGAGAAUUUGGUGCAUGUUUCUAUAAAAUGCAAAUCGAAAAAAAUGUUAAAACUUCGACUAUUAAAAAGGAGCAAGAUAUGGCUAAAAAGAAAAGUUCGUUUAGUCUUAUUUCAGAAAGCAAUAGUAAUAUACCAGAAUCUAUUUCUCCAAAAAUAUUCUGUGCCCGACCUGGUUCAAGAUUUUGGGAAAUAUCUGCGAAUGGUGUAGUUUUAAAAACUCAUCAAUUUAAGGAAUUAUUAGCAAUACCACCUAUGAAAAUACAUAAAGUAACUAAACAAGAGUUAGAGCAAAGACAAUAUAUUAAUCAUUCAUGGACUUCACAAUCGAUCAACUUUCCUCAAUUAUUUGUGAUUGCUUCGAAAUAUUUAUUUUCUUAUACAUCUAAUGGCUUAUAUAUUCUUGAUCUUGUGAAUCCAAAUGUAAUACUAUGGAGUAAUGAAUUUACAAACAUUACAAUGGUAGAUGUCAUAGAAAAUAAAAUAUAUUUGAUGAUCUCUGAUAAUGAAUUUCAUUGUUUAACACUUUAUACGCUUGAUGCAUUAAUAUUGCACUUGUAUUAUACUAACCAGUAUUACAAUUGCCUAGAAACUUGUAUUACAUACAAAUCGCAACUAUCCAAAUUAAUUAAUGAUAAACAUAUCAAUGACAUCUAUGGUAUUGAAAGUAAUCAACGAAAAUUGGAGAAUGAUGAGAUAUCAGUAUUACUGCAACCAUUAAUUUCUAUACUGAAAUCAAAUUUAAAUCCUAGUCCUAUUAAAUUAGAUUCGGGUAUUGUUGUAGUUAAUUCAGGAAACUUGAAACAAAAAUUUAACGAAGAUCAACAAAAUAAAUUGACACAUCAAAUUUGUUCAUCUACCGAAUCUAUUCAAAUAUCCUCUGUACAAAAUACAUGUUCGGAUAUUAAAAAUAUAUUAGAAUUAAACAGUAAUUUAUCAUCUACAUUAGAUGAAAAUUUAAUAAGAAAAAUACAAAUUGAUUUAGAACCUAUAUGUACAUUAUCUAACAGCAUAAAAACCUCAAUGACUGAAAAAGAGAUGGAAAAGUUUAUUCUUGAGAUACGUAAAAAAAUGGACAAUAUCGAAUGUUUAUACAAAACUUUACCUCAAUUUAAAGAUUUGGCAUGUGAUAUAAUAGAUAAUGCCAAAAUUAAUUUUACCAAAACAUUUUUAACAAAUGUAUCAAUAGAGUUAUUACAUUCUACAAUGAAUAUGAUUAUUAUAGAUCAUUUUAUGGAUGCUUUCAUUCUUAUAAAUACAUCUAAUUAUAAGGAAUGUACCUGUGGUUUUCCAUUUCCAAUGGAUCAAAUAAAAGAGCCAAGCUUCUUAGAGAUUGGCAAAAUUCUUUUACAAAAACUUGUAAAUAGAAGUACAGAAAAAUGUAUAAAUUUAUGUAAUAGAGUACCUUAUAUGUGGAGAGAAUAUACGUCUUUGUAUAUAAAACAACAAUAUGCUAUAGAAGACAUACUACGUCAAUGCCUUUUAACUCAAGAUAGUGUUACAUUGUCAAUUAUUUUACCUAUAUUAGAUGCGAAUCAGUGGAAAUUAAUUACAAUAUAUUUAAAAAAAAUGGAUGACAAAAAAUGUCUCUUUUGUGAAAAAUUAAUAACAUUAGAAACAAAUAUUUCUUCAAUAAAUUGGAACAGAGUAAUAUUUGAAAUUAUGAAAAAGGAUGGCCCAGAUAUAGCUAUGGUAUUUUUAAAAAAAUUAGAAGUAUUACUUCCUCUCAAAUCACUUGAUAAGAGUAUAUUUCAGUCGUUUAUAUUCACGAAAAUUUUACAUCAUCAUGGUUUGCAAUUUGCAGUAGAUUUUAAAUGCAAUUCCAAUAUAUAUGGAUAUAAUACAAUGUGUUCCACCAAGAUUCGAGAUCAAUUAAUAAAGGUAUUAAAAAAAGAUAUAGCUCAAUUUGAUAACAAAAAUAUAUUAAGCACUGGUGCUCAUCAUUGGGGAAUGCAAUAUAAAUCCAAAAAUAAGUCAUCAACAUGUCCAUGUUGUACUCUUUCUCUCCAAACAUCAGUUCUUUUAGACAAUAAUGGUAUAGCAAUCUUCCCCUGUGGUCACACAUAUCAUGUAAAUUGUAUGAUAGAAAAAAAACUCACUAAAUGUAAUCUUCAUUGAUGAAGUAUAUAUAUAUAUAUAAAAAUAAGUAAAAUAAAAAAAUAUAUAUAUGUAAAAUAUUGAAAGAGAACUUUUUGUACAUUCUAUCAAAUAUUGUGGUGCUGAAAUAAUUAAUAACAGCACAUGGGUUAUAGUAGUAGAUCAUACAAAAUGUAUAUACUCUUUGUACUUAAAAGAUUGUCCAAAAAGACUGUAUAUCAUAAUAUGUUUAUUAUAAUUUAAUAUAACCAUUUUUUUUGUUUGUA